CUCCAACAUCCUCUCAUAGCAUUGCAAUUUUGAGCCUGUCGCUCUUCCCAGAGACCAUAUAUCGAAAUACAGUCAAACAGAACUUGAGAUAUCAUUUUUCUAGGCUUAAAACCCGCCAAAAAACGGCACAACCGCCUCGUUGACGAGGGGUUCUGACGUGUUGAUAACCAUUCGACGGGAUUCUGGUGACGACUACGAAAGAGACUGAUUUCGACCUUGCUUUGGUGAUAUACUUCAUCAUUAACUAGCGUUCUCACCCCAUAUCCAUUCGAAUUGAACGUCGCACGUGCCCGAGAAUACGAGAUGGACUCCACAUUACCGGACGCUUUCGAGGCGUCACAAUCGGGAGCAGGUUUGGGGCAGAAACUUGCUGGCUUUGAUAGCCAAGGUCGAAUCUUAUCUGAUACUACGCCUUAUGUCAAGGUCGAUGAUCCGCCCAAAUUUGAACUAGAGUCAUACAUCUCGAACUACACCGGCAGGACUAGAUUCGAUCGUUUGUACCUCAUCGGCACAUGUUCCACGCACCUUUCCACGGAAGCCCUCAAAGCCGCUGUCUCCGAGGCCAAGUCAGGCAAGGAUAUUUCGAGAUAUGAACGGGCGGUUACAGCACUCGCACAGGCUGCGCCGGGUGAAACUGAAGCGAAACGCGAUAUUAACUGGGUCGAGCACAUGCAUAAAGUUGUCAAGGCUGAGACGGACCGACUGGAACACGAGCUUAAAGGGUAUAAGAAUAAUUUGAUUAAGGAAAGCAUUAGGAUGGGCAAUGAGGAUCUGGGCCAGCACUAUCAUCAAAUCGGCGAUCAAGUAUCUGCUUCAAAAGCAUACACUCGAAUGAGAGACUACUGCACGACACCUACUCACAUCGCUUCGAUGUUGCUCAAAAUAACUAACGUGGCGAUUGAACGAGGGGAUUGGUUGAGUGUGCAGUCGAACGUGCAGCGACUGCGCAACCUGCAAUCAAAGCCGGAUGAACACACGAAGAACAAGCCCAAGAUGUCCGCUGCACUCGGGCUGUCUCAACUACACUUGGAUGCGUAUUUGGAUGCGGCAAACAGUUUUCUGUCUACCGAAUCGACUCUAGGGGACUCGUACAACGAGGUCAUUUCCCCGAACGAUGUGGCUGUGUAUGGCGGGCUGUGCGCACUUGCUUCCAUGGACCGAAAUGAACUCCAGCGCAAAGUGCUUGAUAACACCUCGUUCCGUAAUUUCCUGGAAUUGGAACCCCACAUCCGCCGUGCCAUUUCGUUCUUUUGCAACUCCAAAUUCCGGCCAUGUCUUGAGAUUCUCAAAGCCUACCGUGCCGACUACCUCUUGGACAUUCACCUGCAGCGACAUAUCAACCUUUUGAUCUCGCGCAUCCGAACAAAGUCCAUACAGCAAUAUGUCGUCCCGUUCAACCGUGUGACUCUCGACUCCAUGGCCAAGAUCUUCGCCCCCGCAGUUGUGGCUGGCGAGCCGUUACCCACAGACGCUAACUCCCCUUUCGUCAAGGAGCUCAUUCGUCUAAUUGAGGACGGCACGCUGGACGGUCGCAUUGACCUGGAGAAGAUGGUCCUUGUCUCCAACCAGAUCGACCUGCGCACGGAAGUGCAAGCGGCAGCACUGGAGAGCCUGGAAAGCUACACGCGGGAAGCUCAUUUGCGACUCCUCCGGACAAACAUCAUUCGUGCUGGACUGGAAGUCCGGCCGCCCGCAGACCAUAAUGUAGGGGCUGGGGGCAAGGGAAAACACGCACGGAUGUAAUUCGGAACCCAACAGAGUAGACUAGGUGAUGACAUAUAUGAAAACCAUGGCUUAUGAGAUGAUGAAUAAAUAAAUUAUUUGUUCCUGAAAAAGUGGAAAUUUUUCUUAAAAUAAAAAUUGACUGACG